GGAGAUUUUUUUCGAUCGAAUUGCGCAUGAGCAGGCUGCUUGACAACAAAACGCAAAGUAGCCCUAAAAGUGCUGAAUUUGAGGCUAUCGUGUGAAGAAGUGUGCCAAAAAUGACUUCAAAGAGGAAAGAAUUGCAGAAACUAGUUGAGAAACUCUCAAAGAAAAAGGAUAUUCACUUUAACAGACAACAGAUAGAAAAAUUGAUAUACAAAUUUAGUGAUCUUCAUGGUGGUCGGACAUUGAUGGACAAGAACCAUGUUGCAAGGAUGGAGAGGGGCAUGUUCAGGGAUAUUCUCUACAAUUACUUCAGUAUGACAGAUGAUGUUCUUCUUGAUAGAGUGUUCCGGGCUUUUGAUAAAGACAGUGAUAACUAUAUAAAUGUUGAGGAGUGGAUCAACGGAAUGUCUGUGUUCCUGAGGGGCCUAAAGGAGGAACGAAUCAAGUUUUGUUUCUGUGCCUACGAUCUCAAUGGGGACGGCUACAUAUCACGAGAAGAAAUGUUCCAACUUCUUAAGACGUCACUCAGCAGGACAUCUACAGAUGAAGACCAAGAUGAAAGUAUUAAAGAAUUAGUAGAAAUUACUCUCAAGAAAAUGGAUGACGAUCACGAUGGUAGAGUAUCGUUUGAGGACUACAAGAAGGGGAUCGAGGAAGAUCCUUUGAUGAUGGAAUUCCUGGGACCAUGUUUACCAGAAAGAAAAAGAUGUGAUUUUUUCUUGGAAGAGAUAGAGCAGCUGGGAAAGUACUAAGACAGAAACGGGAAAUACACUGCAAGUCAUACUCACCUCAUGUACUCAACAAGGCUACACAUCGUACUCGUGUUCAAUCACAUAAUAAAGCGGCCAAUUUUAA